GACAGCUAAAUUCGCGUUUUUUUUUCACGAGAGCACACUAGAAAUUUCUCGAAGCACACAAAGUCUUUGUUGCUUGAUUUUUCCACAGAAAUUCGACCGUGAGUAUUAAAGUUUUUUCCACCAAGUGAUAUCUGGAGAUUAGAAAAGUGUCCUGUGAAGUGAAAGCAUUGAAAAUUAAAAGGGAAUUCGCAGAAAUCGCUGGAAAAUUCCUAGACAAGUGACCAUUUUGUUUUGGGAUUUUGCGAGGGAUUAUAGGACAGAAACAUGGUAAAGGAGACGACUUAUUACGAUAUCCUAGGAGUUAAACCGGAUGCAUCUGCGGAUGAUCUGAAGAAGGCUUACCGGAAGUUAGCCCUGAAAUACCAUCCAGACAAGAAUCCCAAUGAGGGAGAGAAGUUCAAGCAGAUCUCCCAGGCUUAUGAGGUGCUGUCGGAUGCAGAGAAGCGCAGCAUCUACGAUGAAGGUGGCGAGGCAGCAAUUAAAAAGGGUGGAACGGGCGGAGGAGGCUUCACGAGCCCCAUGGAUCUCUUUGACAUGUUUUUUGGUGGCGGAUUCGGCGGAGGCAGACGCCGGGAGCGACGUGGGAAGGAUCUUGUGCACCAGCUCAGUGUCACCCUGGAGGAGCUGUACAUGGGGGCAGUGCGGAAGUUGGCGCUGCAGAAGAGUGUGAUUUGUGAUAAAUGCGAGGGUCGUGGGGGCAAGAAGGGUUCCAUUGAGAAGUGUAUCACGUGCCGCGGCACCGGAGUCGAGACAAAGAUCCAGCAAGUUGGUCCGGGAAUUGUGCAGCACUUUGAGCACAUGUGUCGCACGUGUCACGGACAGGGAGAGUUGAUAGCGGCAAAGGAUCGCUGCAAGACGUGCAACGGGAAGAAGACAGUGCGCGAGAGGAAGAUUCUGGAGGUUCAUGUGGAGAAGGGAAUGCGCGAUGGGCAGAAGAUUGUGUUUUCGGGGGAGGGUGAUCAGGAGCCUGAAUUGCAACCGGGAGAUAUUGUAAUUGUGUUGGAUGAGAAGGAACAUCCGAUAUUCAAGCGAUCAAAGGAAGAUCUGAUUAUGACGAUGCCUCUGCAGCUCGUGGAGGCUCUCUGUGGCUUCCAGAAGGUCAUUAAGACACUGGAUGAGCGUGAUUUGGUCAUAACGUCGUUGCCGGGGGAUGUGGUGAAGCAUGAAUCGCUGAAAUGUGUCUUGGGCGAAGGGAUGCCACAGUACAAAAAUCCAUUUGAAAAGGGAAGGCUUAUCAUUCAAUUUGUUGUGGCUUUUCCGGAAAGUAUGCCAAGGGAGAUGAUUCCGACGCUGGAAAUGUGUCUACCCGGAAGACCGCAAGUCACAAUUCCAAUUGAGGCGGAAGAAUGCACUCUUGUAAGUUUACAAUUUUGGGACUUUUUUUUCUUUUUGAACUUUUCUUCAACAGAAAAAAUAUUUUCCUUCAGACUGAACUGGAUCCCGAUCAUGGACGUGGUCAGAGGUACGCUGAUGAAGAUGAAGAAGGUUACUACUUCCACGGUCCUCGUGUCCAACAAUGCGCUACGAGUUAAGUUAGCAACAUUUUCGAAGAAAAAAAAAAACAACCAACCGCCCUCUAUUUCGCGAUUAUUAUAAAAAAAAACUUAAGAAAAAGGAAAAAGGAAAAUUGUAAGAAUAACUUAUCAAAUAGUGUUCGUAUUUAAAAAAAAAGGAACAGCGUAAAAUAAAAUCACUUGUAGGAAUUUUUAAAAAUCAAUUUUGACAAAUAUUUCACCAACAAUUUCUCAAUGGUUUUUUGCUAAACUGAGAGAGUGGACUAGUAAUCAUUCCGGAAGCAUUGAGGUUAUUGACCCUGAUUUUUUUUGUGGAUUAACAUUCUCAGAAAAAAACACGAGAAUCCCAAUCAGCAGUGAAACUUCUCUUUAGGAAAAUAGCGAAAAUAAAUAAAUUAACAAGAACAACUGUGUACUAUGUAAAAGAAUAAUGAGGCAAGAAAAUAUUUCCAAUUAAA